GUUCUGCCGUCCUCUGCGGCUCGUAUCCGCUUGUGUAUCGGUACUGGAAAAAGGACUUUGUGAGAUCGCAGCGAUGUCAGUUCAGGUGGUAGCAGCGAAAAUGGCUGAGGUCGAACUGAAAGAUAUUCCUAGCAAAGAGCUAGCGCCUGUAUCUCCAUUGACACCCAAGGCCGAGGACAAGGGGUUAGUGAAAAACGAGCCGAAUGUUGCAGUCGCUGCUCCUUCGUCCUCCGCAGUUGCGGUGGCGGCAGAGACGGUGGUGGUGAGAGGGGAGCCGAGUCUUUCUCCGACUCCUAGCCCGAACCCAGCAGCGAAGAUGCCGCAGGCGUCCGCGAUGAAGAGGACCGAUCCGCAGCAGAACGGCGGGGAAACCUUCAUCGGUCGGGACGGUGCGGUGGCCGAGGCUCCGAGGAUGAAGAAGAUCCAGUUUGCGGACCAGAAGCAGGAGUUCAACAAGCGUCCCAGCAAGAUCGGCCGUCGCUCGCUGUCCCGAUCCAUCUCGCAGUCGUCCACAGACAGCUACAGCUCAGCCGCAUCAUACACAGACAGCUCAGAUGAUGAGACCUCCCCCAGGGAUAAACAGCAGAAGAACUCGAAGGGCAGCAGCGAUUUCUGCAUCAAGAACAUCAAGCAGGCUGACUUUGGGCGUCGGGAGAUUGAGAUCGCCGAACAAGAAAUGCCGGCUCUGAUGGCCCUGAGGAAGAGAGCACAGGGAGAGAAGCCCCUGGCUGGAGCCAAGGUGGUGGGAUGUACCCACAUCACUGCCCAGACCGCUGUGCUGAUGGAGACCUUGUCAGCCCUGGGUGCCCAGUGCAGAUGGGCAGCCUGCAAUAUCUACUCCACCCAGAAUGAGGUCGCUGCUGCCCUGGCAGAGGGAGGUUUCUCUGUGUUCGCCUGGAAGGGGGAGUCCGAGGAUGACUUCUGGUGGUGCAUCGACCGCUGCGUCAACGUGGAGGGCUGGCAGCCCAACAUGAUUCUGGAUGAUGGGGGCGACCUCACCCACUGGAUCUACAAGAAGUACCCCAACAUGUUCAAGAAAAUCAAGGGCAUUGUGGAAGAGAGCGUCACUGGGGUCCACAGGUUGUACCAGCUAUCCAAAGCUGGGAAGUUGUGUGUCCCUGCCAUGAACGUCAAUGACUCCGUGACCAAGCAGAAGUUUGACAAUCUCUACUGCUGCCGGGAGUCCAUUCUGGAUGGUCUGAAACGUACCACAGAUGUGAUGUUUGGAGGGAAGCAGGUUGUGGUGUGUGGCUAUGGAGAGGUGGGGAAAGGCUGUUGUGCUGCCCUGAAGGCCAUGGGCUCCAUUGUUUAUGUUACAGAGAUUGACCCCAUCUGUGCCCUGCAGGCCUGCAUGGAUGGCUUCAGACUGGUGAAGCUGAGCGAAGUCAUCCGACAAGUGGACAUCGUCAUCACCUGCACAGGCAAUAAGAACGUGGUGGUACGAGAGUACCUGGACCGCAUGAAGAAUGGCUGUAUUGUCUGCAACAUGGGGCACUCCAACACGGAGAUCGAUGUGGCCAGUCUGCGGACCCCUGAGCUCACCUGGGAGCGUGUGAGGUCACAGGUGGACCAUGUUAUCUGGCCUGAUGGCAAAAGGAUAGUGCUGCUGGCCGAGGGUCGUCUCCUCAACCUGAGCUGCUCCACCGUGCCCACCUUUGUGCUGUCCAUCACUGCCACCACUCAGGCCCUGGCUUUGAUAGAGCUGUACAAUGCCCCUGAGGGGCGUUACAAACAGGAUGUGUACCUGCUGCCAAAGAAAAUGGAUGAGUACGUGGCGAGCCUGCACCUGCCCACGUUCGACGCGCACCUCACGGAGCUCACCGAGGAGCAGGCCAAGUACCUGGGUUUGAACAAGAACGGACCCUUCAAGCCCAACUACUACAGGUACUAACCUGGUUUGGAAAAGAAGGAAAAAGCAAAACAAUCUACUUUAAUACCAUACAGACCACAGUGUAAGGAGGGGGUGUCCCCUCACCCUGCUGGCUGGCAAAGUGGUGCCACACCAGUUUUUAUUUAUUUAAUAUACAAUACUGUUCUCCAGCCUCUGUCAGCUGUUCCUGUUGGAUGGCCCUCUGGGACACCCCCUGGAGGUCAACUCACUUCAUUUCCAGUCACUCACCUUAUUAACCACACAUUAGCCCAUUUAGUUUUUCUUUUGUUUUUUUUUUUUUUUUUUAAAUCAUAAAACUAAAGCCAGAUAUAUUGGUGCAAAAAACAGUGACCUCUGACAAAUUUAUGAUGUACAUGUUCCUGUCUUACUGUCUUUAUUUUCUUAAUUUUUGGAGCAGGGUUAUUUUAGGCCAUCUAGUCGUAUCAGUUUAUUUUAGCGUUACAUUCACACUUCAGACUUUUUAUAGAACCCUUUUACGAUAUUUCCUUCCAAUUGAAGGGGAUGGGAAAUGCUGAUGUCUCCUGACCCUCUUCUGGGCCAGCCACUCAAACACUACACGAGAUCUGUCUUACUGCAUACCUUUUCUCUUUCUCACAAUGAAGUAUUUUUGCAUCGCUAACUGUUUGAAUGAAGGUGUUAUGGACUAGAGGAAUACUCAGCAGAAGGGAGCGAUGAAUGGAAAUUCAUGUUUGCAUUCUGCUUUCUAUAUGGAACCUAGGAGCAUAGCAUAUUGUAAACUGGGUGUGUAGUUUUUUUUUUUUUUUUUUUUUUUUUUUAAAUAUAUAUAGGAGCUUUUCUAUACUUCGUCCACCAUUCAUUUCUCUUUGUUAUGAGCAAAAACAUGUUGUUAAAACAUGUUGUGAGCAUUGAAACGUCAUAUGAUUUGUUGUAAUAUGAAGUACUGAAGAUACCCAUUUUGUGUACUGUGAAGCACGAACUGCUUUGAAUGUGAGAACACAUGUAAAGCCAGCCUCCCUUUUGUCAUGGCAGCUGGGAGACUUUGGAAGCAGGUCUGUGAGAUUCCUGACACCAAUCAGAACUGCAAAACACGUUGGGCCUGGAGCUUUAGCAAUUUAAGACUGAAUUCUGUCAAGCCUUUAUGAUUUGACCACUUAAAUUAAUACCUUUUGGUCCUUUAUUUUAAUAUUCAUAUUUAGAUGCUAGAUAAAUGUAGCUGAGUAGAAUGAGGAUCCUUUCAGUUAACUUUUUACUUAAAUAAAGGGAAAUGUGAAACAUGGCCUCUAUGAUUUGACCUUUGAUCUCUGCUGGAAAUAUUUCUGGAAGGUGACUAGAGCCAUCGACUGCAUUGUCCAUCUCCACCAGUUCACAUCAUGGUCUGUUGUGAGAUUCGCCUGCCAGGGGGUUUUACGUGUGGCCCUAACCCGGGAACCCUAUCUUUGCGUUAACUAUGUGACUCUCUCACAAAAUACUGCACUCGCAAAGCAAGUUCAUCAUUGUCUCAUGGAAUCUGUCAGUUGUAACACUGGGAUAUACAGUACUUUUAAAUUUUUUACCUUUUUUUCUUACAUGUCCACAACCUGUUUUUCUUGGUUUGAGGAAAAACUUGGCUAUAAAAGUGAUAUGCUAACCAAACUCUUAACCCAAGUUCGCUCUUGCGCCAGUGAUAUAUCUUUACGGUUUUUGUACAGUGUACACACGUAUUUCUGUGUUCACCCCAAAUUCUCCCUUUGCUGAUUUCACCACCCUCCCUGCCUCACUCACCCCCUAGUUACGCAGUGGAACUUCAUGCUCCCUUGUUACCGAUAUUCGUGUUUCUUGUGUGUCAUUGGCAAACGUUUGUGUGCUGGCACUGUGUGGGUUCGCCAUCAGUGCAUUUUGGGACAGAGUUGUUAAACAACGUUUCGUAAUGACUCAGCGGGAGGGUGGGUUACAGCACUUUUGGGAGAGUGUAGAGAAUAUGAACAAAAAUAAACACCUGUAUUUAUUGUUGUAAAUCUUAAGUACAAACGAUAAAUUCUCAGAUUUUAAGUUGUCAAAAACAAUGUUUUAAAUAUUGCAAGUGAUUAUAGUAGAGCAAUAAUGAACCUGUAAUCUUAAAAAUAAAAAAAUAAAGUGUAAACAAACA